AGCAACCAUAUGCACACCACACACCAAAACCCCCCAUAUCUCACUCACUCUCACCCCCGAAAGACAACAUCUGUCUGUCUGUCUGUCUGUCACCACACACACCCUCUUCACCUACUCACUCCGGCACUGCACCCCUACUCCCUGCAUGACUGACUGACUGACAUGAUGCGUGUGGUCCAUCUGUCUUGUUUUUCUAGAUCUAGACAGGGGUGUAUCGUCUGACCUCCUGUCUGCAGAUGGGGCACAGCGGGUGUCUGUUUCGCAUGAGUGUCUGGGCACAGGAUGAGCACACGCAGACGUGGUUGCACGGGAUGAGCAGGGUGUUCUUCUGCACCGCCUGACAAAUCUGACAGUCCGUCGCCUCGGCCCGCCCCUCCUGCUUGCCCGCCUCGCGGCUCUCACGACGGAUCCGCGACAGAGCCUGGGUGGCGAGGUCCUGCAGGGCCGGGAUCUCCUCUGCGGAGAGGUGUCGCUGUCUGUCGUUGAGGUGCAUGUGGAAACCGGUGAGCUCCGGUCGUCAGGCUCUUAAGGGUCUCUUCCAGUCUGACAGACAGACAGACAGACAGACAUGCAGAUGGAGGAGGGGUGGUGGGGGAUGGGGUUGGGGGGUCAGAUUACUUGUCGAUUUGGUUGCGGCGGAGCUGUUCGAUGUCACCCUCGAGGGCCUUGAUGCUUGCCUGCAGACUGGGGAGGGCAAGAGAUGAAUCGAUGGAUGGAUGGAUGGAUGGAUGAAGGGAUGAAUGGACGAGUCGUCUUCCUGACUUGACUUACUUGUUGACGUUCUGCUGUCUGUCGUUGGCCUCCUUCUUUGCCGCCUCCAGCUGGUCUGUCACGCUGCACACAAGGGGCGUGGGGAGGGAUGUGGUCUGUCUUGUGUGAUUGAUGUGGCGUGGCGGAGGCUCACUUGCGGAUCUGCACGCUGUGGUUGGCUCUCUCCUUGUCUAGCAGACUGCACACAUACAUAUGCACAUGCACACAGCCACAGAGACAUUGAACGCCGCUUCGUUCCGUCUCAGUCCCCCCCGCACCCGCCACCCACCUCUGCAGUUUGGCCUUUUGUACUUCCAGCUCCGUUUGUUUCUCCGCCUCAACAGCCUGCAGACGCUCAGUCGCUCUGGUGGGGCACACACACCCACACACACACAGAGAGAGAGAGAGACAGAGACACAUACAACCAUUUUCACUGACGCGUGAGCUUAUUUGGAGACGCCCCUCACUGAGUCACUGAGUGACUCACUUCUGCAAUUUGGCCUUGUGCUCAUCGAGUUCCUUGCGGCUCUUGUUCUGCUCCAUCUGCAGCGACGUCUUAGUCGCGGAAAUCUCCUCCCUCGUCCUGCAUGCCAUGCAUCCACACACACACACACACGUGUGUGAGAGUGGUUGUCCUGUCCCUCCCUCCCUCCCUCCCUCCGUCCGUCACUUACUUGUGAAUCUGGUCCAGGUACGCUGCGAUUUCCUCCUGGUGCUUCUUGAUCUCCUUCUCGUGUGCGCUGCACACACACGUCAGUCACACCACAUCACUCACGCAGAUGCGGUGUGGUGGUGUGGGGCUCCCAUCUGCCUCGCCCACCAACCCUCCCACCCACCUCUGCAGUUUGGCCUUCUGUUCUUCCAGCUCCUUUCGCUUCUCGACUUCAGCAGCCUGCAGACGCCCAAUGGUCCUGGUGGUGCACACACGCACACACACGCACACACACGAGUGGGCCCAUGUGCACAGAAGAGAGCCAUCGACUGACUGACUCAACUCACUUUGUGAUGACGGCUCGUUGCUCCUUCUCUCUGGCUUGUAGUUCUUUGAGCUCCUUGUUGGCUUGCUCCUGCAGCCGCUGGCUCUCCUGGAGCAGCUGGGUGUUGGUGUUGGCCUUGUCCGUCAGCUCUUGCUGGUCCUGCAGCAGCUGCUGCUUCUCAAUCUCGAAGGCGCGGAUCUGGUCCUCGUAGCUGAGAGAAGACACGGAGGGAGAGAGAGAGCACUGCCGUGUCCCUUGUGCAGUGCAGUCCUGUAAACUCACGCUUGCAGUGUGGCAGCAUCGCUGUAGACCUCCAGCUUGCCCAGGUCCGCCAUCAAACUGACAGACAUGCAGACAAGACAUACUGAGAUGUCCGUAUGUCCCAUCGCGUGUGUGGCCACAUCCAUCCAUCCAUCCACUUAUCCUUUUACGCCUCUAUGUCCUGCUCUCUCUCGUCCAGUUGCUGCUCGAGGGCGCUCUUCUGCUCGGCCAGCUGCUUCUUCUCCGCCUCCAGCUGCCUGCACACACAAACACGCACUCACAGGGGGGUGAUUGCUGAUAUGUAUGGUGUGUGUGUGUGUGUGUGUGUCUGUGUGUGUGGUCGUACGAUUGCGUCUUCUGCAUGUCAUCGAGGCGUUUCUUGAGCCUUUCCACGUCCCCCGCGGCGCCCGAUUUCCUCUUGAGGCGUCGACACUGGUGCGUGCGCUGACGCCGGUACUUGUCCAUCCGCAAGGCCUUCUCGUCCAUUUCCUCUCGCUCGUCGUUCCCGGCCCAGUCCAUUCCUUCUCCCUCGUCUCCCUCUUCGUCUUCCUCGUCGUCUUCCUCAUCGGAGUCCGUCGAAUCGAGCUCCUCCGACACACCCACGGGCCUGGCAUGACACGGAUGACACGGAUGACACGGCGUCAGCAAGCAAGCAAACAACGAAUGUGCCUUGUCUUAGGCCUCCCUCCCUCCAUUCAUUCAUUCAUCCAUCCAUCCAUCUGUCCAAGCAGUCAAACUUACCCGUCUCUGUGCGGCCCCUGUCCCUUGUCGACACUGUCCCUGGACACACAAAGCCAUCAGGAGAAAAACCCCUCGAUAAUUGCACCACGCAUUGGAGACCCAAGGGGCACCCUACUUGGUCUGCUGCUGCUGCUGGUGCUGCUGUGGCUGUUGGUCAGCGGCAGGUUUCUGGGCCGCCGCUCUUUGGCCGAGGUCCCCUGAGUGACCGUAUGCUUUGGCCUGCAUGCCAUGCGCAUCAUAUAUGCACACACACGAGGACAGACAAGGCACGGAUGGAUAGAACAUCAGUGUGUGUGCUGUGCUGUGAUGGGUCCCCCGAUUGGAUUGCUGGGCUUAGCUUACGGGUCGGUCUGAAUGCCAACGGUGUUGUCAUUGAGAGAGGUGGACGUCGAUGCGUGUGCGACACUGUGCGGGUCGGCGGGGCGAUUGGCAACCUGCUUCACAGGACCAGCAGCUCCAUUGGGGUGAGGAGGAAGGUCGCUCGGCUCGGGUGGCCUGUAGGAAAGGUGACCAUGGUGAUAGAAAUGAGUCAGUCACUGGCCCUCCUGCCACAUGUGUGCCUUCCUCACAUGUCUUCUGCAGCUCCCUGUUGGUCGUUCGGCUGAUCCUUGCGGCGGCUGGCCCUAAGCUGCUGCACCAUCCGUGGUAACUGACGCACAGCAGCACGGACACACAGCACAGAGAUGCUUCCCUGAUUGCGUCUGGUGUGGCCUGCCUCGUGUGGGUCGUUCUUGCUUGCUUACAUCGAUCUCCAACACCGACAGGUCCGCCUGCGUGAGAAAUCACAGGCAGGAUGCAUUGCACCAUCCCAUCAGGAAGCGCUGUCAAUGUGUGUGUGUGUGUGUUUUCAUCAGACCGACCCGGAGCAGUUUGGCGAAGGGGUGUCCUUUGUCCCGGGACUCCUCUGUGCCCUCACAGUACCUGCAGGCACACACACAGCAAUGAACACACGGACGGACGGACGGACGGGCCGACAGGGUGCGGUGCAGACAUCUUAUAGGUCGCGUAGCGUACGUGAUCAUGUCGCACAUGAACUGCCGAACCACACCGUACCAGCCCUUCCCUGCGCACACACAUUGACGGGCAGUCUGUGUGUGGGGUGCUAUGCUGUGUAGAAAUGUUCACCUUUGACUUUGACGUUUCUCAGGGUGCUCUCCUUGGUGUGGUGCAGCUGCACUGCCUUGGUCACCACGUCCACUAGACGAGCGUCGUUCAACAGCCGCCGCAUCUCGUCUUUGUUCCCGCAGAUGCCGGGGGUGGAGACGAGCUUGACGAACCGUCGGAGGGAGGAGCCGUCGAGUGUGUUGCACCCCGUCGGCCAGUAUCGGCCCAUGGUCGCUGUCACAGCGGACGCUAAGUGGCACUCCAGCAACUCACACACAUCACGCGACUCUGCACACACAUACCAGAAAGGCCCCCUGUUUUCCCGUCCGUCCGUCCGUCCGUCCGUCCGUGUGUGUGUGUGUGUGUUGGUGCGUACCAAGCAGGAUAACCGGAAUGGCCAGUGUCUUGAUGUAUGCGAUCCCGCCCUCAGCGGCGGAUCCCGACCCCUCCCCUCUCGCCAACUUCCACAUGGUUUGGCCCGUCUCCUGGAGGACGCUCUGGACGCUCUCGUGGGACGACAGCAUGCGGCUCAGCCGCUCAACAGCACCCUCCGCACCGCUGCGCUCUGACCACACACAACAUGAUACAACAACACCAGACACAUACUCAUGGAGGACGGAUAGAUGUGUGUGUGUGUGUGUGUGGUACCUAUGUAGUCACAGAUACAUCCGAGGAUGAGCACUGCGGGUGCUUUGAGGUCCUCCUCCGAUCCUGCGAUGACUUUGCAGAGGUCCGGUACGUACUUGGCUGCGGCCUUCUCGAAUGGCCACCGGCCCUUCCCCUUGACAACGGGGGCUGCACACACGCACAUUGCACACAGGGCAGAAGCACCGCAUGUGUGCAGCACAGCACAUGGUGACACCUCUUCAGAGUUCCACCUUCCACAGUCGCACACGCCAGCUUGUGAACGAGGGGCAUGAGGGCUUUGCCAUUUUUCUUGGUCGGGUGGCCGAGAACGUCCAUCGCCUCCUGGUACAUCCAUAUCACACUAUCCAGUGGUGACACGCAAUCCUCAGGCUGGAAGAGUCCCUGCUCUUCUUGUGGGACGCCUGCGCAAACAGACACAUGACAUGAAAUGUGACGACGAAGUGGUCAUUGUGGCGCCUUCUGCAUCGGUGUUGACCUCUCUGUGAGCGGGGCCCUGGCGGCCGAGCCCCACCGGAGCCUGAGGCUGCCGCACUCAUGCCUGACGACAAAAAUAUGACGACAGGAUACCACGAGGCAUGAAUUGGAACGGUCCCUGUUGGUAUUUCUAUCGUACGUACCCCCUCUGUUUCGCUGUACCUUUCAACCGAAUCUCAAACUUCACGGUUUCACGGAGCGCAAGCUUCGUCCCCAAACCCUUAACCUCACCGCCGCCUUUCCGUGUUUCCUGCGGACGGUCUUUUCUGCCCACAACAAGGGACUCGUCCCCCCCACCAGGACCGCCCUGACCCGCCCCCUUUGAGUGUUGCUGCAU